CGACUCUGCACCACACGCAGAGCACGACACCGACCUUCGACCACUUAUUCGUGACUCAUUGUUAUGGCUGCUGCACGCCUUCUGGUACGCUCAUCGUUAAGAAAUGCCUUCACUCGCCCACGCGGGGGAUUAAUGACCACCUCGAAACGGCAUGCGUCAUUCUACAACACUGCGCUGGCAGGCCUGACCGAUGAUCAGGCCGAGUUCAGAGAAGCUGUCAGCGAGUUUGCGCAGAAGGAGGUCGCGCCGCGCGCAGCUGAGAUCGACAAGUCGAACAACUUCCCCCAGGACCUCUGGGAGAAGCUGGGCGACAUGGGCCUCCUUGGCAUCACCUGUUCGCCAGACUACGGCGGCCUCGGGCUGGGGUACUUCAACCAUACACUCGCCAUGGAGGAGCUCUCGCGGGCAUCAGGCUCUGUAGCCCUGUCAUACGGCGCGCACUCUAAUCUAUGCGUUAAUCAGAUACACCGCUGGGGCACAGAAGCACAGAAGAAGCAGUACCUGCCUGAUCUCAUUGCGGGGAAGAAAGUCGGCAGUCUGGCCAUGAGCGAGCCCGGGAGCGGGAGUGACGUCGUCAGCAUGAAGUUGCGCGCUGACAAGGUUGACGGCGGCUAUAAGUUGAACGGUAACAAAUUCUGGAUUACAAAUGGUCCCACUGCCUCUACGCUGGUCGUGUACGCGAAGACAGUGCCCGACGGAGGUUCGAAAGGGAUCACUGCUUUCAUUAUCGAAAAGGGCUUCGAGGGUUUCUCAACGCACCAAAAGCUGGACAAGUUCGGCAUGCGAGGUAGCGACACUUGCGAACUCGUCUUCGAAGACUGUUUUGUCCCCGAAGAGAAUGUUCUAGGACCGGUAAAUAAGGGCGCUGCUAUCUUGAUGUCGGGUCUAGACUUGGAACGACUCGUUCUCAGCGGCGGUCCUCUUGGGUUGAUGCAGGCAGCCUUUGACUAUGCUGUCGAGUACAUACACGACAGGAAGCAAUUUAACGUGCCUGUCGGAACGUUCCAGCUCAUGCAGGGAAAGAUUGCUGAUAUGUACACCAAGAUGAACGCAUCACGCUCAUACGUAUACGCUGUCGCUCGUGCCUGUGACUCCGGCAAGAUCAGUAGGAGGGACUGUGCGGGUGUAAUUCUGUAUUCCUCCGACCGGGCUGUCGAAGUCGCGAUGGAGGCGAUGCAAUGUCUUGGUGGCAACGGUUACAUCAACGACUAUCCCAUUGGGCGCAUUCUCCGUGACUCGAGGCUGUACACAGUCGGUGCUGGGACGCAGGAGAUCCGACGAAUGCUAAUCGGCCGUGAAUUCAACGAGGAGCUGAAGGGGCGAUCGUAAAUUAGCCGCCCUCAUCUGCUUAAGAUCCUCAGAAAUCGAUCACGUAGCGUGGUCUGGAUCGACGGAAGUACACGGACCCUGGGUAACCCUGGGAAAGCGCUCGAGAUUGUCGAGGAUUGAAUAUGAAAGGCAGGAAGCAAAUCUCCGGACGAGACGGAUGAAUAGCUCGUAUACACACUAUGAAAACCCGUUCGCGGAUGCUGAUCGAUAAGAGGC